UCUUAUUGUGACAGCGGCGAGGCGGCUUUCCUUCAGACCCACACAGUGCUUGUUCGUCAGAGAAGACGCUCUUCUGAGGUCACUGAGCCCCGGGGGCGAAACUGGUCUGCCGCUAUAUAAUCUUCCCAGCUCGGUGGAGGAAACCAGCGCACUAUCAUCAGCUCACUAGAUAAAGAACACACACUCUUUAACAAACAAACAUGGUGAAGAUCACUUUCCAGACGGUUUCGGCGCAGAAGCCCGACAAAGGGAUCGAUGGAGACAAGAUCAUUAUACCUCAGGCUCACGAGAAGCUUAUACUUCCCGUUGGGCCGAGGAAGACUUUUCCAACUGGCCUCUGCUGCCUCACCUUUGGCCUGGUGGUGUUCAUGUCAGGACUGAUGCUGGCUUCUAUCUACGUGUAUCGCUACUACUUUAUACCUCAGCAGAUCCCAGAAGACAGCCUGUUCCACUGCCGGGUUGUCUACGAAGACUCUGUGUUCGCUCCUACGAGGGGCCGCCAAGAGAUCGAGGAGAAUGUUGGCAUCUAUCUUGACGACAACUACGAGCAGAUCAGUGUACCUGUGCCACACUUCGGAGGCAGUGACCCCGCCGAUAUCAUCCACGACUUUCACAGGGGCCUCACAGCUUAUCAUGACAUUGCUUUGGACAAAUGCUAUAUCACCGAGCUGAACACAACUUUAGUGAUGCCUCCACGAAACCUGUGGGAGCUGCUGGUCAACGUCAAGAGAGGAACAUACCUUCCUCAGACAUACAUCAUCCAGGAGGAGAUGAUGGUUACAGGGAGGGUGAGGAACAUGAGGCAGCUUGGCCCCUUCAUCCACAGACUCUGCUACGGCAAAGAAACCUACCGCCUCCGACGCCGCAACCCACACAGACGUAUUGACAGGCGCGAGACAAAGACCUGCCAUCGCAUCCGUCACUUCGAGAACACUUUUGUGGUUGAGACCGUCAUCUGCGACAGGUUCUAAAUCUGAAGCGGAAAUCACAGCCACCCAACUCUGAAGCCAAUUUCAAACCAUACCUCUUAAAUUAUUUAGGAUUUUAACUGCACUUUAAGAGCAAGUGUUUGUCCAACAAUUUUACUUUGAGUUAUAUUUUUAAUCUUUUUGUCUCAAGUUGGAAAUGCUCUUCCAUGUUCAUGUGAAAUGUCUUUUUUUAUUCAGCCAGUUUAUUUGAAUGAAGUUAUGAAUGUGUUUGGAUAUAUCUGUUGUCAAUGUCACUGUUAGUGUGUCAGUUAGUUACACUUGCAUCCGCAAACUUUAUUUAAUUUAAAUUUAGUUUUGUCCUUAUUGUUAUUUUUUCUAACCUAUUGCACUUUAGGCGUCCGUCAAGAUGCUUGAAAGCGCUCACACAGUGCACUCAUGUUAAUUUGUUAUUUUUUUGUUUUGAAUGUCAGAAAAUGGCAUAUACCUCAUGUAGUUAAGACGUUUCUUUGCUUGUUCGUAUCAUUAAUGAAUGGUGUGUAUAUAAGGGUAAUUGUUCCUAAGCAAUAUAAACUGUAAAUUGAUUUUCAUCUGGAUUACCUAUUGUUACAUGCAUAGAUUUUUAUCUAAAAUCGACUUGUUUUGUGAAUUAUUUCUUUAUGGUUUGUCUUGUCAUUUCCUUUGGUAUCGCACUUUCCUACUCCUUGGAUAUAAUGGCUCUAGACUGUAUUCAGUAGCAGUGCUUUAGAAGGACAGAAGGAACCAAAGUCUGCACUAUGCUUAGUGUUAAGGAUAUAAGAAAUAUUUAAGAAGAAUGCUUUUUAGUUAGAUCACUUACUGUAGAAUAGAUGAUAUCAAAGGCUUAACUCAUGUUGUCUCGCUCUUCCUCUUUACUUGGAUUUUGCCUGUUGUCUUUAGCUUUGCCAGUCCCCAAACACUCCUAUCGUGACAACAAAUCUCUACAAUGUUAAUUUGUCCCGAUAUAAAAAGAUUUGGGGUGUCUAUUUAAUGUACAACCUGGAGCAGAAAAGUCUCCUUUGAGAGAAACCUGUGAUUUGUGUUCAUAUUUCAUCGUCCUAGAUGACCUUACUUUAUUGUACAGUCAAUAUAACUUCUGAUAUCUUGCUGCUUUAAAAUAAAUGAUCAAACUUA